GAGGUUUGAGUACCCGAAUGAUCCUGGGAGCUAUGUUGUCUGGGGCUGUAUGCUCCUGGUAGGGUCUCCCAAGGCAAACAGGUCCUUGGUGACUGGCCAGACAAAGAACAGUUCACAAACCCCUUAUGUCAACAUUUAAAUCAAGGACCGUGACGUUGCCCGGCAUGGCACAGCCGGGGCCCCACCCUGGAGCCAGGCCCGGGGUUGGGGCUCGUAUGCGAGCGCCUGGUGGCCGGGCCUUCCCCCAUGGGGGAGCGUAAGGGGCCGGUGCAUAGUGGAUCGGGCGACAGUCGUAGGCGAGACCCCCGACGACCCGAUCUCUGGACACGAAAUCUGGCUUUAGGGACGUGGAAUGUCACCUCGUUGGCGGGGAAGGAGCCUGAGCUUGUGCGGGAGGUCGAGACGUACCGACUAGAGAUAGUCGGACUCACCUCCACGCACAGCUUGGGCUCCGGAACCACACUUCUUGAGAGAGGCUGGACUCUCUACCACUCUGGAGUUGCCCAUGGUGAGAGGCGGAGGGCUGGAGUGGGUUUGCUAAUAGCCCCCCAGCUCAGCCGCCAUGUGUUGGAGUUCACCCCGGUGAACGAGAGGAUCGCUUCCCUGUGCCUUCGAGUCGGGGAUAGGUCUCUCACUGUUGUUUGUGCCUACGGGCCGAACGGCAGUGCGGACUACCCGGCCCUCUUGGAGUCUCUGGGAGGGGUGCUGGAAAGUGCUCCGACUGGAGACUCCAUCGUUCUACUGGGGGACUUCAACGCUCAUGUGGGCAGUGACAGUGACACAUGGAGGGGCGUGAUUGGGAGGAACGGCCCUCCUGACCUGAACCCGAGCGGUGUUCUGUUAUUGGAUUUCUGUGCUAACCACGGUUUGUCCAUAACGAACACCAUGUUCCAGCAUAAGGGUGUCCAUCAGUGCACGUGGCACCAGGACACCCUAGGCCGGAGGUCGAUGAUCGACUUUGUGGUCGUGUCAUCAGACCUUCGGCCAUAUGUCUUGGACACUCGGGUGAAGAGAGGGGCGGAGCUGUCAACUGAUCACCACCUGGUGGUGAGUUGGAUCCGAUGGCAGGGGAGGAAGCUGGACAGACUCGGCAGACCCAAACGUACUGUGAGGGUCUGUUGGGAACGUUUGGCCAAGCCCCCUGUCAGAGAGAUCUUCAACUCCCACCUCCGGCAGAGCUUCGACCGGAUCCCGAGGGAGUCUGGAGAUAUUGAGUCCGAGUGGACCAUGUUCUCCACCUCCAUUGUCGCUGCGGCUGCUCGGAGCUGUGGCCGUAAGGUCUCCGGUGCCUGUCGAGGCGGCAAUCCCCGAACCCGGUGGUAGACACCAGAAGUAAGGGAUGCUGUCAAGCUGAAGAAGGAGUCCUAUCGGGCCUGGAUGGCUUGUGGGACUCCGGAGGCAGCUGACAGGUACCGGCAGGCCAAGCGUACUGCAGCCCAGGUAGUCGUGGAGGCAAAAAAUCGGGCCUGGGAGGAGUUCGGUGAGGCCAUGGAGAAAGACUAUCGGUUGGCCUUGAAGAGAUUCUGGCAAACUGUUCGACGCCUCAGGAGGGGGAAGCAGUGCCCUACCAACACUGUUUACAGUAGAGAUGGGCACCUGUUGACCUCAACUGGGGAUAUCGUCGGGCGGUGGAAGGAAUAGUUGGAGGAUCUCCUCAAUCCCACCGACUUGUGUUCCGUUGAGGAAGCAGUGGCUGGAGACUCGGAGGAGCACUCGU